GCCAUUUGUUGAAACGGCAGCACGAGCGGCACCAGUUGACCAUCGCGCUGUAAAAAAUUACUAUCAAUCUCUUUCGUAAUAUCGGAUUGUUUAGAAAGUGAAGGCAGCUUACGCACAAGCACAUAAAAUCGUACUGCUCCCGUUUUUCCCUUCUGGCCUUUUUUAUUCCGUUCAUCUGACGGUUUUCUGCAUCGGAAAAUUCUACGUUCUUUCGAAGGAAGUGAUUGUGAUUUACUAAAAUUAUGGGGAUAACGACAGCCACCAAACCAAUGGAACUUCUCGACGCGAAUGGCAACGAAAUGAUAAACAGGAAUCAUGUACUGCAUGAUUCACUGAUCGCUGUUCCGGAAAUCUCGAAUAACAUUGGAGAAUUCUACAGAGAUGCGAAGAUCUUCAUGACCGGAGGAACGGGAUUCGUGGGAAAGGUCCUUCUGGAGAAGCUUCUACGCUCCUGCGACCUCAUCGACAGCAUCUACCUCCUGGUGCGUUCGAAACGCGGGAUGGCCAUCGACCAAAGGUUAAAAGAACUCUUCAAAAGUCCGCUCUUCAAUAAAAUUAAAGACAAGGACGAGAACUUGCUGAAUAAAGUUAAAGUAGUCGAAGGCGAUGUUUCCCUUCCGAAUUUGGGGCUUUCUCAAGCCGAUAUAACGGAUUUGGAGAUGAAUGUUAAUAUAGUUUUUCAUUCCGCUGCUACCGUUAGAUUCAAUGAAAAUUUGCGUGAUGCCGUCGUUUUGAACACCAUGGGAACGCAACGCGUUAUGGAACUUUGCACUCGCAUGACGAACUUGAAGAGUGUCGUUCAUGUCUCGACGGCUUACAGCAACGCAGAUAAAAAGGAGAUCGAUGAAAUCGUUUAUAAGCCACCGUUUGAUCCGUACUCGAUCAUCAAUUGCGUGGAGAAUCUUCCGCAGGAGGCUUUAGAUCUUCUUGCGGAAAAGCUAUUGAAUAAACAUCCCAAUACGUACACAUUUACUAAAGCCAUGGCCGAGUAUUUAGUGAUGGAUUACUCAGCUCAGCUUCCCGUCUGCAUCGUGAGACCUUCUAUAGUGACCGGUGCUUGGAGGGAACCGAUCCCUGGAUGGGUGGAUAAUGUUUCAGGCGUUACGGGGAUCAUGAUGGAAAUCGGUCGUGGAUCCAUCAAAUCCAUAAUUGCUAACGAAUCAUUAACCAUGGACUUGAUCCCCGUCGAUAUAGUCGCUAAUUCUUUGCUCACAGCCGCUUGGCACACUGUUGCAAAUAGAUCUAAUGUUAUGCGCGUCUACAACUGUACCAGCGGCAACAUUAACAGUAUACUAUGGAAGGACUUUGGUACCCUGACGACGAAGUUUGCUCUCGAAUACCCAACGAAAUAUUUAAGUUGGUAUCCAGGCUUCUCGUAUCGCACCAAUCGCGUCAUGCAUUGGAUUUGUGCAGCCCUUUUCCAAACCAUCCCAGCUUGUAUAUUCGACAUAAUCUUAUAUUGCACCAAACACAAACCAAUAAUGUAUACAAUCAGUAAGAAAUUCGAGAGGGCCUGCAAAGCUGGCGAGUUUUGCUCCUUGAAUGAAUGGGACUUCAAAGUUGAGAACCUAAGGCAAUUACACUCCGAUGUGAAUAGAGCCGAAGACGGAGAAAAUUUCAACGUGGACAUGAGCAAGGAGAACGGUUUCACAUGGGAGAAGUACACGCACGAUUUCAUGCUCGGAAUCAGGCAGUACGUCCUCAAAGAUGACCUUUCCAGUUUACCACAUGCAAAAACGAAAUUAAAUAGGUUCUAUUGGGCAAAUCGUGCAAUUCAACUCAUAUCGAUGUAUGCGCUGCUGAAGUUAUCCAUACUCUGAAUACUAAAGUCUAGCCAAAAUGUGCGUGGGUCUUAGCGAAAACAUAUCAUGUACGCAUUUUAUACUUUUUUUAUUUUAUUUAUAAGUUU